AUGGUUGCAAUUUUGCAACUUCCUUUACGUAUUCUUAAGCAAGUCAAAGAUUACAUUAAAGAAUGCAGCAAGUGCCAGGAAAAACUAGAUCGUUCUAGAUCUCUAUCAGACCCCUCUGAAAUGCUAGAGGAACUAGGACUAGAUGCAAAAUCGCAUGAAGACAGUAAUGAAACGGAUGAGGAAUUGAGUAAUACAACAUCAAUCACAGCUGAAUUCCCAAAGUCUGCAAAGAAGAAGCCAAUAGCAAAACAUGAGCUCGUAUUUGUUGACAGUAAGGGCCUUGUGAAGCAGUCCUCUUCCAAACACUGUCUGUCAGUGCUAAACCAGCUGAAUCAGCAGAGGCUUUCCAAUCAGUUCUGUGAUGUGACUCUGCUCAUUGAAGGAGAGGAGUACAGAGCGCACAAAGCUGUCUUGGCAGCCAACAGCGAGUACUUCCGAGAGCUCUUCAUCGAGAAGGGAGCUGUCUCUAGUCAUGAAGCUGUAGUGGAUCUGUCAGGGUUUUGCAAGUCAAGUUUUCUCCCUCUAUUGGAAUUCGCUUAUACUUCAGAAUUAACUUUUGACUUCUGCAGUAUGGCAGAAGUGGCCAUGCUGGCCCGACACCUCUUCAUGACAGAGGUCCUAGAAAUCUGUGAACAUGUGCACAAGCAGAUGGAGGAGAAACAAAUCACUGUGUACCAAAAGGGAGACAUCCAUACAGUGGAGUCGAUACAAAACCUAGCAGGGCAGCCCGAGGUUGAGAUGCAGCCCGUGGAGGGUGCAGAGCAGCCGAUGCCAGCGGUGCUGACGGUCGCAGUGGUCAAUGGUGCUGCCUCGGCUGCCGAGCUGGAGGAGGAGGCAGCACUUCAGGUGGAUCCCUCUCCCCCAGAGCCUGCAGAGGCCACCACGGGUGACCUCUUAGAGCCCACGGAGCACCGUGACACAACUGGAGCUCACGUCAAAACAGAGCCGGUAGAGCGCGCCUCGCACAGCCCCGUGCCAGUUGUGCAGGCUGAGCCGUCGCUUGUGGAAGCCACGGACACGCAGGGACGGGCGAAAGCCGAGGCAGAUCAGAAGGAAGGCGGCGCAGGAGGUGCAGAGAGCGCUUCCGAGGACCCCACCGAAGCACUUGAGCAAAAGCAGAGCAGGCCCGGCCAAGAGCAGAGUGUUGCUGUUUCACAGCCGGAAAGCGAAGCUUCCAGCCAAGAUGACACCUACAAAAGCAAGCUUCGCCAGCGGUCUGUCAGCGAGGGUGGAUAUAUCAGGUUGCAUAAAGGAAUUGAGAAAAAACUGCAAAGCAAGAAGGAAAAUCAGCAGGUAGCCAUGAAACUGGUACAAAGAGGGAAAAAAAUGAAACAACCCAAAAGAGAGACCACGGAAAAUAAUGAAUUAGAAGCGCAGCACAAAUGCUCCGAGUGUGGAAUGGUCUUCCAGCGGCGCUAUGCACUUAUAAUGCACACACUGAAACAUGAAAGAACUAAAGAUUAUAAAUGCCCACUGUGUAAAAAGGAAUUCCAGUACGGGGCCUCUCUGCGAGCCCACCUCGUCCGCCACACGCGGAAGACUGAGGCCAGCACUGCAGCUGCUGGGGAAGAGGAGAGCGGUGCCUCCUCCGUGAAAGGGCGAGUCAAACGGGAGUUUAUAUGUGACAUUUGUGGGAGAACUCUGCCUAAGCUCUAUUCCCUCAGGAUACAUAUGCUCAAGCAUACAGGUGUAAAACCACACGCGUGCAAGGUUUGUGGAAAAACGUUUACGUAUAAGCAUGGACUAAAAAUGCACUUAGCUCUCCACGAAGUACAGAAACAGUUCCAGUGUGACUUGUGUGAAAAGUCCUUUGUCACAAAAAGAAGUCUUCAGGAACAUAUGAGCAUUCAUACAGGAGAAUCCAAGUAUCUCUGCUCCAUCUGUGGAAAAUCUUUCCACAGAGCAUCAGGACUCAGUAAGCACAUAAAGAAACAUCAGCCAAAGCCUGAAGUUCGUGGUUAUCAAUGCACUCAGUGUGAGAAGAGUUUCUACGAAGCUCGAGAUCUUCGGCAGCACAUGAACAAACAUUUGGGUGUGAAGCCCUUCCAGUGCCAGUUCUGCGGGAAAUGCUACAGUUGGAAGAAGGACUGGUAUUCUCAUGUGAAGUCUCACUCUGUCACGGACCCUUACAGGUGCAAUAUAUGUGGCAAAGAAUUUUAUGAGAAAGCUUUGUACAGAAGACACGUGAAGAAGGCCACGCAUGGUAAAAAAGGAAGAGCCAAGCAAAACCUGGAACGAGUUUGUGAGCAUUGUGGAAGAAAAUUCACCCAGCUCCGGGAAUACAGGAGACACAUGAACAACCACGAAGGUGUGAAGCCGUUCGAGUGCCUCACGUGCGGGGUGGCGUGGGCCGACGCGCGCUCGCUGAAGCGCCACGUGAGGACGCACACCGGCGAGCGGCCCUACGUGUGCCCCGUGUGCAACGAGGCCUACAUCGACGCCCGCACGCUGCGGAAGCACAUGACCAAGUUCCACCGGGACUACGUGCCCUGCAAGAUCAUGCUGGAGAAGGACACGCUGCAGUUCCACAACCAGGGCACGCAGGUGGAACACGCCGUCAGCAUCCUGGCGGCAGACGUGCAGGAGCAAGAAGCCGAGCUCGGCGCGGGCGGCGAGGAGGUCGAGACCGUGGUAGUAACGGGCGAGACGCUCGAAGCCAUCGAAGCGGUCGCGGCCACGGAGGAGUGCACGUCCGUGUCCACUCUGUCCGACCACAGCAUCAUGCAGGUGGUGAACUAUGUGCUGGCGCAGCAGCAGGGGCAGAAAAUGGCUGAGGUUACGCAAGCCAUUGAAACCGUGGAGGUAGAAGUGGCCCACGUUGCCGACACAGAGUAA